AUGGCGACGCUUCAUCAGUAUGACUACAUCUUUGCUCUGACCGUUAUCUUCGCUUGCCUCGAUGCAUGGAACAUCGGUGCCAACGAUGUGGCCAAUUCAUUCGCAACAUCGGUCUCUUCGAGAUCUUUGACUAUGAAGCAAGCGAUGGCCAUAGCAGCAGUUUGCGAAUUCAGCGGCAGUGUAUCAGUCGGAUCUCGAGUAGCAGAUACAAUCCGCACCAAGAUCGUCGACCCUCACCACUACGACAGCGCUCCAGGUGUGCUACUCCUCGUUAUGAUGUGCACCAUCAUGUCAUCAUCUCUCUUCCUCACCUUUGCUACUCGACAAGGAUUGCCCGUUUCGACGACUCAUUCCCUCAUCGGUGGAUUAGUCGGGGCUGCUACAGCCUCGAUAGGAUUUCAUAAGGUCACCUGGGGAUGGCACGGCGUGGGGCAGAUCUUUGCGGCUUGGAUCAUUGCGCCCUUGAUCGCAGGAUGCAUUGGAUUUUGCCUGUUCUUAUUCACUAAGAAGGUCAUUCUCACCAAGCGCUCAGCUGUCAGGAGAGCCUUUCUUUCUAUCCCGUUCUAUACCUACCUCACUGUGGGCGCACUCACCAUGCUCCUCGUAUGGAAAGGAAUUCAUACAAUCAACCUAUCAACACGAGAUACAAUAAUAGCUAUCUUUGCGACCGCUUCUGGAAUAACGCUUCUUCAGACCUUUUUUCUACUACCUUUCCUAUGGACUCGGAUAAUGCACGAAGACUGGACUCUCAAAUGGUACCAUGUUUUCCAAGGGCCGCUGCUUCUAUGGCGAUCACCACCUCCGCCGACACCAAUUGGCUUCACCAAGCCCCGUAUACGAGACUACUACCAGGGACACCUCACCCGCGAGGAACUCAACCACAUACGUACUUCUGAGACACUUCUCCAGUCAAUACAAACCACAAACGGAGAAUUACCCGACCUUGAUCGAGACGAUGAAUGGAUUCUUCCACCUCCAGCUCAAACACCACCCAAGACCCCGCCAGGCCGAUUCGAAAGACGGCACUCAUCCGAAUUCAUACCACCCCGUCCCGAAGGCCCAUGGAGCAGCCCAAAAGUAAUGGCAUGGAAGGUUAACCGUGUGUUGCUACGUGGUCUGGAGAAAGAUGUGGUGGCCAUGCAGAAGCGGAAUAACAUUCUCAACUGGGACCUAGAGGACAUGCACGCCCGAUCAGCCCACUAUGACAACCGCGCAGAGUACAUGUAUUCCGCUCUCCAGAUCCUCACGGCCGCCACGGCAUCUUUCGUCCACGGAGCAAACGACGUCAGCAACGCAGUUGCCCCCUUCACCACUGCCUACCAAGUAUGGUCCAGCGGCAGCAUCCCCGACCACGUAGCGAUACCGGUAUGGAUCCUCGUUGUAGGGGGAGCCUGCAUCGUAAUCGGGCUGUUGACGUACGGCUACCACGUCAUGCGCACGCUGGGCAACCGCCUGACGCUGAUCUCGCCGAGCCGCGGUUUCUGCAUGGAGCUUGCGAGUGCAAUCACGGUGCUCAUGGCGACGAGGCUGUCUUUACCCGUAUCCACGACGCAGUGCAUCACGGGAGCUACAGUGGGUGUUGGACUGGCUAACGGAGAUUGGAGAUGCAUCAAUCUGAAGCUUGUAGCGUGGAUAUAUCUUGGUUGGCUUAUCACGUUGCCGGUGACGGGAGUCAUGUCGGGGUGUUUGAUGGGGCUUAUUAUCAAUGCGCCGAGAUGGGAGGGGUGA